GGAGACGGAGGUGGCCUCUAGCACCUGGGCCCCGACACCUGCCUCACUCCUAGGAGACGGUAGUUACAGCCACACACAUUUUACCCGAGGAUAGGAAGCCGGCGGCUUAUCGAAGGAUGUAAUGAUGGCCGGUAGUGGAUGUCUCUUGGUAAUAGUGGUGGAUGUUCACCCACAGUUAGCAGAGCAAGAAAGUAUUGUCCAUAAUUACUUGAGCGCUUGCAUUUCCUUUGCCAAUUUUCACCUGGCAUCUAAUGUGAAAAACACACUUGCUGUUAUUGCUGCUAAUCACCUGGAAACUCGCUUUCUCUACCCACUGAAUACAGGUGAAAAGGUCGAACGUCAGAAGGAUGGCAGGCUGGAACUUCUAUGUCAAGUAGAUGAGUGCAUUGAAAAAGAGCUAAGAGAGAUGAUGAUGCUUGGUGGAAAGGCAGAGCAAACAGAAUCUCUUCUCUCUGGAGCAAUAGGUCGAGGUCUUCUAUACAUAAAACGGCAAGAAGCAGAAGAUAUAUUAGGCCAAAAAGUCCAUGCAAGGAUCUUGGUUAUUAAAAUUUCAACGGAUACAGGAAGCCAGUACCUGAAUUACAUUAAUACUUACCUCACAGCUCAGAAAAUAAGCACACCAAUUGAUGUGUGUGUAAUUGGAAAUGACUGUGGGUUACUUCAGCAAGGUGCAGAUAUCAGUGGUGGCUGUUAUCAUUGUGUACAAGAGGUUUCAGAGCUUUUGCAAUGUCUGAUUCUAAUGUACCAAGCAGAUGUUUCAACACGAAAGAAGCUAAAUUCUCCGCCACAGGACAGUGUUGACUAUCGAGCUGCUUGCUUUUGUCACCGCACACUAGUAGAAAUGGGAAAUGUGUGUUCUAAUUGUCUCUCAGUCUACUGCAAGGCUGUACCACUCUGCUCUACUUGUAAUGUCAUCUUUCAAACGGACACACUCAUGAAAAUAGUGAAGAAGAAAAAAUAGUGUUGAAAAAACCUCUCGGACAAGGUGGUGAUGUAUUAUUGAUACCUUGAAAUUUCAAUGCAGACUAUCAUUUGUACCUGUUAUGGCCAGCUCAUGAACACUAAAUCCCUUUUGUCCCAUAAACACUGAAUCACUGUCAGCUCAUAAACAUUGAAUCAUUGUCAUCUCAAAUGUUAAAUCACUAUCAGCUCAUAAACAUUGAAGCAUUGUCAGCUCAUAAAUAUUAAAUCACUCAACUGGUGUGGCCAGUGCAUCAACUGUAAGCUUAUUUAGUUCAGCCUUUUGAACACCACGUGAGGCCUAGCAGGUGUGGAACACCAAAUAGGGGCCUUGUAGAUGUUGGACACCACAAGGCAGGUGUAGGGAACCUCUCAACACACAUGAAGAUAGCAACACAGAUGUGGCUUAACAGGGAGCUUCCUAAGAGAGGAGAGCCAAUUCUGGUCGAAGGUGGUGUGUUGGGCUGUGCUUGUGAGGUGCCCAUACCUGUACUGAUGUGUGCUUAUUGUGGUUUUCUCUCAUUUUCAUUGAGAACUGUACAUUAACUGGUGAGUGAGGUAUGAAUCUAGUUUCUACAGUCUGUUUCCUGUUAUGUGUUUUAAAUACAGAAAAUGUGAUACAUGCA